AGUGCAAUCCAAUACAAAGCCGCCAUGAAGGCCGAAAUAGUAAAUAGACGACGAAAGGAAUAUCGAGAACAAGAAGGAAUAAUUGGAUCCAGUGGUCUCAACAAGAGAGUUUUCAGUCUAGCCGAUAAGUCCCAUGGACAAGGGGGCAUCUUCUACAGUUGGCAGAGAGCACAUGGCAACUAUCUGGCAACAACAGGAUUCGACCAUGCAGUAAGGAUAUAUGAUCGACAUGGAGAACUCAAGGAGGAGAUCAACCUGCCAGGGAUGUGCACUGGCCUGGGUUGGGACAGUGAUGGCGAUAUCCUUGGGAUUGUGUGUGAGAAGUCCACAGCCAUCAUACUGUGGGAUGCUAACUCUCACCGCACCACGCAGAUUGACAGUGGACUCAAAGACACCAUGACCUUCCUGAAGUGGUCCAACACUGGUCCCCAACUUGCUGUCGGUACACUGAAGGGGAACCUCAUGAUCUACAAUCAUCAGACAUCACGUAAAAUCCCAAUUAUUGGGAAACACAUAAAGAAGAUCACAUGUGGUGCGUGGAGCGCUGAGAACCUGUUGGCACUGGGAAGCGAAGACAAGACUAUCUCUAUCAGCAAUGCUGACGGGGACACACUCAGACAGGCAACCAUCAGGGCUGACCCCGCUGAGAUAGACUUCUCCGAGAUGAAGGGGGAUGAGAGGAGUGCCAUUGGCCAAAACACUGUCAGUGUUGUUGUGGGCAAGAAGACCCUGUUCCUGUACAACAUCAAUGACCCUGAGAACCCUAUCGAGCUGGCCUUCCAACAGAGAUACGGGAGCAUCAUUUCAUACAAGUGGUAUGGAGAUGGGUACAUCUUGAUUGGAUUUUCUCACGGAUACUUUGUUGUGAUUUCCACCCACUUGAAGGAGAUUGGUCAGGAGCUGUUCCAGGCUCGGAACCACAAAGAUAGCCUGGCUAGUAUCGCCAUCUCCACAUCCCUCAACAAGGCUGCUUCUUGUGGAGACAACUGCAUCAAGAUCCAUGAUCUGUCUGACUUGAAGGAGAUGUAUGCUAUCAUCACACUGGAAGAUGAGAGAGGCCUGGACAAGAUUGCCUGGACAGACGAUGGUCAGCUGUUAGCUGUGUCCACUCAGAAGGGAAACCUGCAUGUGUACCUGGCUCGGCUGCCUAUGCUGGCCGCGGUCACUCAAACACGUAUAGCCCAUCUCACAUCACUGCUGGAGGUCACUAUCGAUGACCUAGUCACUAAGGAGCCGUCCAUUACAAUAGCUAUUGAAGUGGAACCAUCGUUUCUUGGAAUUGGCCAGUACCAUGUUGCUGUGGGGAUGAACAAUAGAGCCUGGUUUUAUCUCCUUGGUGAUGAUGGUCCCCAGAGACUGAAGGACCGGGAGUACCUGGGAACAGUGCAGUCCAUCAGUCUGAAUGGCGACUACGCUGCAGUGAGCUUUGAAGGCAAAGUGCAGCUCCAUAUGAUUGAAGGGGAGACAACUGCUGCCACAGAUGAGCGAGAGACCCGAUUGUUUCCUGGGAAGGAUGACCGAGAUGUUCGCAUCACCUGCCAUGACAUGACACCAGAGUUCCUCAUCUAUGGCACAGAUAGAGGAGAUGUCCGCUACUUCUUCAUCGAGGACUGGCAGUUUGUUGUGGAGUACCGUCACCUGGCUGGCAUCAGGAAGCUCUUCCCUGACCCAAGCGGCACCCGGCUGGUGUUUGUGGAUGAGAAGACAGAUGGCUAUGUCUAUAAUGCAGUGAAUGACACAGUGAUCGAUAUCCCCAACUUCUCAGCCUCCAUCAAGGGAGUUCUGUGGGAGAACUGGCAGCUGGACAAGAGCGUGUUUGUGGCAUAUGACAGCGAGAAGUUGUACACGUAUGUGUACUGCCGGGAGUCCGUGACAGGUACACCUGAGAUCAUGACCCCGAUGUAUUCCGGGGGCUUCAUGGAGGCCCCUGGGAUGGGGGUGUCAGUCUGUUCACAAGUCCUGUAUGUGGGGGAAACCCGCCUGCCAUAUGGCCAGAUACCGAUCAUGCUACACAAUGGGGAGAUAACUCUGCAGACUCAGAGUGGAAAGCUUGGCAACCUGCAGCUGGACACCCACUCUCAUGUCUUCCAUGAGAAUCCCCAGGAUCUGAAACCUGCUGAGCUUUUAACUGCUGCCCAGCAAUGUAUCAAGCUAAGAAGAUUCCGAGAUGCAUGGAUCUUCUGCCAUCAUGUGAACAGGAGCGAGGUUUGGGUGGAACUGGGAAGGGCAGCACUGCACAGCCUGGACCUGGACUUCGCUAUCAGAGUGUACAGGAACAUUGGUGAUGUUGGCAUGGUAACCUCCUUGCAGAAGGUCAAGACAAUAGAGGACAAGAACCUGCUGUCUGGCUACAUUGCUAUGUUCCUUGGAGAAUUCAACUCUUCCCAGGAUCUCUUCCUGGCGUCAAGCUAUCCCCUGGCUGCCCUAGAGAUGCGUCGAGAUCUGCUUCACUGGGAUAGUGCGCUGCAGCUAGCCAAGGCUCUGGCUCCAGAGCAGAUCUCGUACAUCUCACGGGAGUACGCCCAGCAGCUGGAGUUCACUGGAGACUACAUGAACUCUCUGUCUCACUAUGAGAAGGGGAUCACCAGGGAGGAGAAAGCAAGGGAACACGAUGAAAUCUGUGCUGCUGGCAUUGCUCGCAUGUCCAUUAGGACUGGAGACAUUCGCAGGGGUGUUGCCAUGGCAAUGAAAAUGUCCAGCAAGAGCCUGAAGAAGGAAUGUGCAGGUAUCCUGGAGAGUAUGAAGCAAUGGACAGAAGCAGCAACUCUGUAUGAGCAAGGCCACUACUACGACAAAGCAGCUUCAGUCUACAUCAGAGGCAAAAACUGGAAUAAGGUCGGGGAACUACUACAGCACAUCACCUCCCCGAAGAUCCAUGCUCAGUACGCCAAGGCCAAGGAGGCUGAUGGCAGAUACAAGGAGGCUGCAGAGGCUUACAAGAUGGCUAAAGAGUGGGACCAUGUCAUCAGGAUUAACCUUGAAUUUCUACAAAACCCAGAAGAAGCUGUUAAGAUUGUGCAGGAAACCCAGUCUGUAGAGGGGGCCAAGAUGGUUGCCAAGUUUUUCCAGCGACUGAAUGACUAUGCCUCCGCUAUCCAGUUCCUUGUGAUGUCCAAGUGUAAUGAUGAGGCCUUCCAGCUGGCCCAGAGUCACAACCAGAUGGAAGUGUAUGCUGACAUAAUAGGAUCUGAUGCCACUCCGGAGGACUACCAGAGUAUAGCAGUUCACUUUGAAAAUGAGAAGAACCACUACCUGUCUGGCAAGUUCUUCCUCCUCAGUGGGCAGUACUCUAGGGCCAUGAAGCACUUCUUGAGAUGUAAUGGUGAGGACAGUCAGGCAAUAGAGCUGGCAAUAGAGACAGUGGGAAGAGCCAACGACGACCAGCUCACCCACCAGCUCAUCGACUUCCUCAUGGGAGAAACUGACGGCAUGCCCAAGGAUGCUAAGUACCUGUUCCGGUUGUACAUGGCCUUGAAGCAGUACAGGGAGGCAGCCCGAACAGCCAUCAUUAUAGCUCGUGAGGAGCAGAGUGCAGGUAACUACCGCAAUGCCCAUGAUGUGUUGUUCAGUAUGUACCAGGAGCUGAAGGACAACAGGAUCAAGAUCCCAGCCGAGAUGGCCACCAACCUCAUGAUCCUACACAGCUACAUCCUCGCUAAGAUCCACAUCAAGAGAGGUGAUCACUUGAAAGGUGCACGCAUGUUGAUCCGAGUUGCCAACAACAUCAGCAAGUUUCCCUCUCACAUCGUUCCCCUGUUGACAUCUACUGUCAUUGAAUGCCAGAGGUCAGGUUUGAAAAACUCAGCCUUCAGCUAUGCUGCCAUGUUGAUGAGGCCGGAGUACCGUAACCAGAUUGAUCUGAAAUACAAGAAGAAGAUCGAGAUGAUUGUCCGGAAACCAGACAAGACGGAGGAAGACGAACCCCUCAGCCCAUGUCCAGUGUGUGGCUUCCAGCUCCCAGAGACAGAGCUCAUGUGUCCAGAGUGCAAGAACAACCUGCCAUACUGCAUCAUAACUGGUCGUCAUGUUGUGUCAGAGGAUCUGACUGCAUGUCCAACAUGCGACUUCCCAGCCAUCUUCCCGGAGUUCAUCAAGCUUCUGGAGAGUGAGGAGUCAUGUCCAAUGUGUGCUGAGAAAGUGAUUCGAGAAAACUUAACGAAGAUCACCGACACCAAGAAGUAUAUGUUUCCAGAGGAGGGGGUGACAGAGUGACGACACCUAUCUUAAACACUUAUUUAUCUUAGUGUCACAGCUUAAACUGACUGCUCUACAAAUCAUCUUUAGACUUGUUAGUUGAAAUGUACCUUUCUGAGGCUGUCAUUUGGUCAUGUGUAAAUUUGAUAUAUGACAGAUGUACUCACAGAGUCGGCCCCAACAUUUAUUUGUGUUUCGCCCAAUACAUAUCAAAUAACAAACGCUUUAUAUGACUCCUGGACUUGGGUUUAUGCGAAAUAUAAUAUUUGGCUAUGCUUUGCGCAACAUUUUAAUGGUUUAGUGAAAACCAACACAUGACCUUCCCUCCAUGAACAUUUUGAAGCCUUGAUGAUGAUUGACUGAAAGUUCCUCCAUUGAUCUUCAUUCAGGGAUCUUCAUUCAGGGGUGCAUCAUAACAUCUGAAACAUCUGAUUUUGGGGUCUUGUGGUGUUAACCUUCCCAGUUACUACUUCCUGACAUUAAGAGACAACUCUUUGACCAAACAAUAUUAUUUUUUUACUGUAUAUUCCGUCCGUAACGUCCAGUUCAAACAGGCCACAUCAGUUCAGCAAGGAUGACAUUUAUGUAGGUUUGAUUGUCUGCAAUUACUAGGCUUUGACUCUGUGUCAGCUGUGAGUGUUUUCAUAUCCAGAUGUUUGUGUCAGUCUUUUAUUUCAAAGAAAGACAUGACAAUUCUGUAAGUUCAUGUUCUUGAAGCUGAGUAGAAAUCAUGGAUAGAACUUCAGCAGGCACAAGUCAGCAGGAAUGAAUUCUAGACCAUUUAGUCCCAACAUAUGUCUUAUGACGUUUUGUCAUGAAAAACAGUAAACAAGUUGUCUGAAAUCAUUUACUAUCAACCUUAUGACGACAUCUAUCAAGAUAUUGUUCAUGUUUAUGACAAUAAUUGUUUUGUUGUAUUGUGAACAUUGCAAAUUGUGCAACAUUCCUGUGAUAUAUUUUCAGAUGUGGAAUAAAAUAUUGUACAGAAUU